UCAGCCAGUCAGCAGAGGAGGCGGUACAUGAUGGAGCGUAGCAUGACAACGGUGUCACCGCUAGAGGAAACUCACCUGACCAUGUUGGUGUUCCGCAUCGGUAUCCCUGACAUCAAGCAAACGAAGUGUUUGCGCUUCGACCCCGAUGCGACGGUGUGGAGUGCGAAGCUGCAGAUCAUGUGCUCGCUGGGCGAGUCGCUGUGGGACGUUUACAACUACGGCCUCUUCCAGCCGGCCGCCGACGGACGCGACGCCAACUUCCUGGAUGAGGAGCGCUCGCUGAGAGAAUACCCACAAUCCUUUGAGAAAGGAAUGCCCUACCUGGAGUUUAGGUACAAGACCAGAGUUUACAAGCAGACCAACCUGGAUGAGAAGCAGCUGGCCAAGCUACACACAAAGGCCAACCUGAAGAAGUUUCUGGAGUAUGUCCAGAGUGGAUCCCUGGACAAGAUCACCAAAGCGCUGGACAAAGGCCUUGACCCCAACUACCACCACCAAGAGAAUGGGGAAACACCCCUGUCCCUGGCGGUGGCGAUGCCUCAGGCCAUAGAGGUGGUGCGCUGUCUGGUGAUGAACGGAGCCCAUCUGGACUUCAGAUCCAGAGAUGGACUUACGCCACUACACAAAGCAGUCCGCGCACACAACCAUGCGGCACUGCAGAUCCUGCUGUCAAUAGCAGCAUCUCCAGACUACAAGGACCGCUGUGGACUGACGCCGCUCUACCACUCGGUGCUGGCAGGGGGCGACACCUCGUGCUGCGAGACGCUGCUCUUCUACCGAGCCCGACUCGGAGUCAGAGACGAGAACGGCUGGGAUGAGUCACACCAGGCAUGUCAGAAUGGUUUUGCCCAGCACCUGGAACACCUGCUGUUCUAUGGCGCGGACUCCACUUCCCAGAAUGCAUCAGGAAACACAGCACUUCACAUUGGUGCUCUGUAUAAUAAGGAAAACUGUGUGCGUGUUCUCCUAUACAGAGGAGCCAAUAAGGAGACUAAGAAUAAGCAUGGGCAAACCCCCUUCCAGGUGGCAGUUAUGUCUGGCCAUUUUGAGAUCGGAGAGAUCAUCAAAAAUCACAAUGACUCAGAUGUAGUUCCCUUCCUCGAGUCGCCCAAGUAUGCCCCUCCGCGCUCUGAGCUGGCCAGAGCUCUCCCCCCUCCUGGGCCCCUCCACCAUGCCCACCCUCACCCCCUGCUGCGGGCCAAGAGUGAGAACACCAUGAACCCUCCUGAUCAGAUGGCCCCCGCUCCAUCCUCAGGAGCCAACAUGGCGCCCAUGCCGACCCAGUCGAGGAGAGCCUCCUUUGCUCUGAGAAGCUCCAGCAGCCCUCGCUCCCGCACUCGCUCACCGUCCAGAGGACGAGGGGACACCGAGGAACGACAGAAGCAGCAGAGAGGGAGACAGGGUGGUGGCGGGCAGCAGCAGCAGCAGCAGCAGCAACAGCAGCGGAGGAGGCUGUACAGUGCAGUGCCUGCCCGUGUGUUUGUGGCGACGCGCUCUCACUCUUCCCAAAACGAGCGCGAACUCAGCCUCAGCAAAGGAGACCGGGUCAAAGUGCUCAGUGUAGGUGAUGCAGGCUUCUGGGAAGGGACAGUAAAAGGGAGGACUGGCUGGUUUCCCUCUGACUGCGUGGAGGAGGUUCCCCCUCAAAACCAAGAGCAGAAACCAGAGAGUCGCAGUGAAAAGGCCCGCAAGAAGCUGUUCCGCCACUACACAGUUGGAGCUUAUGAUGGCAUCGAGGCACCCAGUGACUACAUCAUAAAGGAGAAGACCGUUCUCCUACAGAAGAAGGACAAUGAGGGCUUUGGCUUUGUGCUUCGAGGAGCUAAAGCUCAGACUCCCAUUGAAGAGUUCACUCCCACGCCAGCCUUCCCUGCUCUACAGUAUCUGGAGUCAGUGGAUGAAGGGGGUGUGGCCUGGAGGGCUGGACUGCGAAUGGGAGACUUUCUCAUUGAGGUGAAUGGGCAGAAUGUGGUCAAGGUGGGCCACCGGCAGGUGGUGAACAUGAUCCGGCAGGGAGGAAACAGCCUCAUGGUGAAGGUUGUCAUGGUGGCACGGAACCCGGAGAUGGAGGAGGUGCCUAAAAAGAAAGCCCCCCCUCAGAGCAAACGGCUAACCCCCCCAGCCAUCGCACUGCGCUCCAAAUCCAUGACCUCAGAACUCGAGGAGAUGGAGUACGAGUCAUCCCAGACCACCGACAAGAAGAGAAGCGUCUAUCAAAUGGCACUGAAUAAGCUGGAUGAGAUCCUGGCAGCCGCUCAGCAGACCAUUAGUCCAUCUGAGGGGGGGGCCCAGCGAGGUCACACGGGGAGGAGAGAGCGCAAUAAGGGCUAUUACACUAACAAGCAACCAAGUUUUGAACAAUCAGGUGUUGGCAUGAUGUCAUCAGGGUCUGGGUUUGGUUAUAACCAAGUCCAGUUUUCAUCAAGCCACGCCACCCAGCAUGGGCUGAUGCUGCGGCAGAAGUCCAUUGGGGUGGCAGAUGAGGAGAAGGGCUUCCUGCAUCCCCCCGCCAUGAAGCUAUCGCGCAGUCUGUCUGUGCCUGGCCCCGAGGACAUUCCGCCGCCGCCUGAAACCUCGCCCCCGGAGCCCCCGCUGUCAGCCGGCGGCAGGAGGUCGGAGCCCAGCCACCCCUCCUCGCACUUCCUGCCCCACGCACAGACAGCCAUGGCUCCCCAGCACAGCCGGGCCACCUCGCGCAGGGAGUCGUCCGAUUCCGGAUGGAGAGGCGGAGGCAAAAUGGGAGGGAUGAGGCGGGGCUACAGCAGCGCCACGCCCCCAAGCAACAUGGCCACUGCCAAGGCGACCGCAGUGCCGCCACCCCAGCAAGCGGUCGCUAAGACAACCGGACGGAGAGCUGGCGGCAGGGGCCCUCUGCUCAAGCAGCCCAAAGUGGAGGAUGCGGCAGCUGUGGGUCGAACACAGAGAGGGGCCCAGGCGCAAGUGCAGGACACGGGGAACGACAAGAGCUCCAUCCCCAUCCCCACGAUCAUCGUCAAAGCGCCCUCCACCAGCAGCAGUGGCCGGUCCAGCCAGGGCAGCAGCAUGGAGGCGGAACAACCCCCUGACCUGGAGCAAGAGGAGGUGCCUGAGCCCGCCAGCCCCCCUCCUUCUCCACCCUUGCCUCAGUCUUUACCCUCGUCCCUGCCCCAGGAGAGAACAGACACAUCUGGACCUCAAGGCGGUGGCACCAUGGGUAAAGCCAGGCGGGAUCGAGAGCGUUACAGGGACUCGCGGCGAAAGAGUGCCUCUUUCUUCUACUCCUCAGAGGAGGACUUGUUGGAGGAUGUCGCCACUACCCAAACAGAGACCACAUCCCCCCGACUGCGUCCUUCCAAAUCCAUUGAUGAGGGCUUGUUCUCUGGGGAUAACUUGACCACCCAGGGACGCAGCAUGCCCCCUGCGUUCGGCCUGCCUCAGUAUGCCUCACCACAGACUCAUACGCACACCACCACCUUCAUCCAUCCUCUCACAGGGAAGGUUCUAGAUCCGUCCUCGCCUCUAGGGCUCGCUCUUGCUGCACGCGAAAGGGCACUAAAAGAUGAUCGGCGGACCCGACGUGAAGAGCGACACUUUGGCCGGCAGUUGUCGAGCGUGGGGGCGUUUCCCUCGACAGUGUCGCCAUCAAACCCACAGCAUAACCCGCCUGCCACUUAUGUAUACCAACACCAACAUCCUCCCGCCCUGUACCUCACAGGCUCCUCCCCCACCUCGGCGGCCCCGUCUCCCUUGAGCCGUCCCCAGUCUCCCAGGAUGAUGCGAAUGGCUGGCAGCGGGCCAUGGUCUGGGGAGGGGGGUGAUCGGGACAAGGAGAGCUUGGCAAGAGAGGGUAUGAGAGUGAGGUUCUCUGAGGACAGACAGUCAGCUCUGCAAAACCAGUAUCAGUAUCACAAUCAGUACCAACAGCAGUACCAGAAUCAGUACCAGGCUCAGUACCAAAGGGACUGGGAGCGAGAGGCUGAGAGGGGGGAAGUGUAUGUGAGGGGCCCUAUGCAGUCCGCUCCCCCACCAGUUCCCAAUCAGCAGUCUCAGCCCCGCAGACCCUCCUUCCUGCAGAUGGAGAGUGAUGCUAACGCUAACUCCGUAGGGUUUCCCAACUCCCAUACAGCGCCUCUUCCGCUUUCGGCUGCUCCUACCCAGACCACAGACACCAUGGCAGGUGCUGAUGAGGUGCAGGAGGGGGGAGGGGGGCUCAUGGUGCUUCCCCCUCCAGCUCCGUCUGUAGAUGUGGACGACGAGUUUGUGUUUGUGGACCCAUUGCCACCUCCUCUGCAGUUUGCUAAUGGCAAUGAUCGCGGAAAACGAGGAGCCCCUCCGUCAACCCAACAACAACAGCAGCAGCAACCGCAACCUCAAAUGCACCAUUAUCAGCAAUCCCAAUCCCAACAGCAACAUAAGCUAUCAGGCGCACAGCAGCAGUCCGAUCUCCAGCCGCAGCCAUUAGUGCAGCCCACCCAGUCCCAGCAGGAGCCCCAGCACCUGCAGCAAACUCAGCCCCUGUCCGACCUGCCUCAGGAGGAGCAGCAGCCUCCGGUCCACCCCUCUGCCGUGGUUCACCCCUACUUAUUCCCCCCUUCGCCUCUUAUUCCCCCACCGCAGCUUUGCCCCAAGAUCCCCCCCUCCAACAUGGUUCUUUCAUCGACUGAUUCAAACCCUUCGAGUCAGUCCCUGCCCCCACAGAUUAAUCAGGUGGUGGUGCCCCAAAUCCUGACCAGUGUUCCCAGCCAGUCGUUGCCCCCGCAGCCACCACCGCCACCCAUGCUGCCCCAGCCUCCUAAUCCUCCUCAUCCUCCUCCUCACCUUCCUCAUCCUCAUCACCCUCCACACCAUCCUCAUCCUCCACAUCAUCCUCACCCUCCGCAUCCUCCCCCCUUACCCUCCCCUCAGGCGGGGGACUCUGCAGCAUCCAGUCUAACAUCCUAUGACAGUGAAGUAGCCAAUCUCACGCAAUCCGUACUCUCCCCUUCCCUGCCCUCACCGCAAGCCUUUCCUCCAUCUACAUCCCCCUCUGCUCUUAACCCUUCCAAUCCUCCGCCUGCCUCCACCUCCACCACCUCUGCAACGUCUGCUCAGUCCCUCCAUCGUCCUCAGCCUCUCUUCUUUGCUCCAGCCCAGGGCCAGGACCGUGGCAACGCCUCCUUGACAACCACCGUCACCUAUGCCACCAUGACGACCAGCCAGGCCCCUUAUGCAAUUACCACCACUACUGCUGCCACGACUGUUGCCCCUGGUCAUCAGCUGCCCCCUAAAGCUAUCGAGAGCCGGCGAGAGUGGCAGGAGGCCGUGGUGGAUUCUGGAAUCGAGGAGCUGGACAGCCACAGCAGCAGUGACCACCACCUGGACAAGCUUGGUAUGAGGGAAGCAGAGAGAGUGGAGAGGAGAAGAGAAAUCAUGGAGGUUGGGGGAGGCAGAAUGGCCGGUAAGAAUCGAGCUCAGAUGGAUAGGAGAGAGUCCCUGGACUCCUCGGCAGCUUACAAAAUGCACAAUGAUGCAACACACAUCCGUACCCAUCAGAGCGGCAGGCCAGUCCCUCCACUGCGGCGGCAGCCUAGUGCCGCUCCGUUCCUCCAGCACCCCCACAGACAGAGAACGCAGGAGGAAGAGGACCGAGGCCGUGGGUUGGGGCUGGGCCAGGGCGGGGGAGCAGACGAGGGCGAGGGAGGGGUGCGGGGGCCGCUUUUUAUAGACCGUCGGCUGAACUCUCCGAUGGCCAGCGUGAAGGCCAGCAUCAUCAAUGAGCUCAGCAGCAAGCUGCAGCAGAUGGGGGGCUGGCAGGGCCAGACGGAGGCCCCCUCAGGCAGGUUUCAGGAGGAUGCCACAUCUGUCAUGAGUCCCCCUUUAGUCCGCUCCAUGUCCCCGCUCCCUGUCCCUGUGUCCGUCCCUCAUGUCCUUCAUAGGGCCCUGUCCCCUACGCUGCCUCUCUCCCCAAUACACCACCCCAUUCCACCACCCCUACCCCCCUCCCUCAACCCCAACAUGUCCCCAACUCUGGUCCCAUCUCCUCUGAAUCUCCUGCAGUCCACCACGCCCACUCAGCCUGCGCCCUACUCCGACUGGACGUGUCCACCCUCCCCUCUCGCCCACACCGCUCCCCCUCUCUCCCCGUCUGCUCUCUCACACCCUGCUCCGCCCCUCUCUCCCUCCUCGCUCGCUCGCUCACACCCCCCUAUGUCUCCAUCCUACUCACCCUACCCCACAUCCCCAAAGCAUCGCACCAAGUAUCGCGGCAAAGCCCUCGAGUUCCAGUUCAACUCCCCUGCGGAGCUCCGCCGCGCCGAGUCCCACCACUCCCCGCGACGCCGGGCCCCCAGCCCGCUCAUCUCCUGCACGGACCGGCCCCAGCCAGGGCCCCCCAGGCCCUCCUCCCUGCCCCUGUUCCCCAGCUCCCUGUACAACGCCCCGUUUGAGCUGCAGCCGCCGCUCACCCCGCCGGCCCACUCCAUGCCCCUGACCGAUCCGUACUUCCCCAGCACCCCUCCGCCGCUGUUCUCCCCGACCGUAGCGUCCGCCUCCAACCCCCUCCUGGUCUCCCGCUCUCUCUCGCCCACUCACUUCCUGUCGGGUGUCUCCUCCCCUUCCUGUGGCAAUUACCCGCCCCUCACUCUGCCCCCACCUGCCAGGCCCUUCGCCACCAAGCCCCUCCCCUACUGGAGCAAGUACGACGUGGCCGAUUGGCUCGUGUACUUGAACCUGGGCGAGCACCAGGAGCGCUUCCUGGACAACGAGAUUGACGGCUCGCACCUGCCGUCGCUGACUAAAGAGGACUUCCUGGACCUGGGCGUGAGCCGGGUCGGCCACCGGAUGAACAUCGAGCGGGCGCUCCGCAAACUCACCAACAGGUGAGGCCGGACCAGCGGAUACACACGGAGAGAGUGAGGGAACAGAGAGCGUCAGGCAGGAGUGUAGAAGCGGGAGGAGCUUUCUUUUCAUCAUCUCUCUCUUUCUCUCUUUCUUUUGACGUAGACAAAAGGCCUCUUCUUUUUUCUUUUAUCUCUCUCUCUGUCUCUCUCUGUCUUUUUGUUUUGGUCUUAGUGUUCUUUUGAUUUAGCAUGGAAGACACAGCGUCUUUUGUUGGCUUUCUACCUGCCUCCUUCCCUCCCUUGUUUGCCAUUGUUUUUGACUUCCCUUAAUAUAGUAGAUCUAUCAGUGUAUAGAUCUAUAGAUCUAUACUUUUCUCCAAGUAUCUAUCCGCAUAUCUAUAGAGUUGGCUGUCUAUAGAUGGUUAAGAUACCUCUCUACUUUCCCCUUUACUAUUCUCUAUUUCUUCUCUUCCUUUUUCUCGUCUCUUUUUUUCUGACCUCUUGAUUUGCCCUCCCUUUUCUCCUAGGCUCUCCUCUCC